UCAGUCACGUGGUCCCGUGUCAUGGGUCAGCCUUUGCAAAAUGGAGUUGUCUGAGUCUGUGCAGAGAGGACUCCAGUCUCUCGCCGAUCCGUCCUCCUUCGACCAUAGCGGCUUCUCGGUGCUGGUGGACGUGUCUUUCCGGAGCCUGCUGUCCUCUCACUCGGACCCUGGAGUCCUCGAUCAGCCCGAGCUCAAGCAGAUCGACCAGAUCCUGCUGAAACAGAGCCAUGCUGCUGCGACCACCUUCAUACUGGAGGCGGUCAAACAAAACGCAGACAAGUCGACGAUAAGCUCCUGCCUUGAAGAACUAACACUCAGUGCAGAGAGAAUAGACGUAUUCUACAGUGCAUACCAGGUGACAUUUGAUGGACUUAUUUGUUUCCUGUCUUAGCUGUGGCUGGAGUAACUAAGAGUGAUUAAUGCUUGUUGUGUUUUACAGAAGCAUAAAAAAGAGCUGGAACGUUUAUUAGCAAGCAUAGGAAGGAGACCACCUGUGAUCACUGAUGUCUCAUGGCGUCUUCAAUACCACAUGAAGAGCGCACAGGUCGAUAAAGUCAACGAGCCUUUCUACCUGAUAUCACUGAACACUGAGAAGGAUGGAGCCCCGGAAGAUAUCAACUUCACCUGCACAGUGGAGCAGCUCCAGGAUUUGGUGGGAAAACUGAAAGACGCUGCCAAGAGCAUGGAGAAAGCCAGUCAGAUUCGCCUCAAGACCCACCGAUUCCCAGCCGAGCCUCCAGCGGUGGAUGUGGAGCUUUCAACGGUGGCUGCGGCGAUCACCGACGUGGAGCUCCGUGUGUGUCUGCGCACCACUUUUUCCCCCCGAUUGUUGUUCCUUCCUUUCAUCACCAUGCAUCGGACGACCAGGAUAAAGAUUACGGAGCUCAAUCCUCACCUGAUGUGCGUCCUGUGCGGAGGAUAUUUCAUCGACGCCACGACCAUCAUCGAAUGUCUUCACUCAUUCUGCAAAAUGUGCAUCGUGCGCUACCUGGAAACCAGCAAAUACUGUCCCAUCUGUGAUGUACAAGUGCACAAAACCAAGCCUCUGCUCAAUAUUAGGUCUGACAAAACUCUACAGGACAUUGUGUACAAGCUGGUCCCCGGCCUCUUUAAAAAUGAAAUGAAGAGGAGGAGAGACUUUUAUGCAGAUCAUCCUGUCGAUGCCUCAAAUGGAUCAAAUGAAGACCGUGGAGAGGUGGCAGAUGAGGACAAAAGAAUAAUCACAGAUGAUGAAAUCAUCAGCCUCUCUAUUGAAUUCUUUGACCAGAGCAGGAUGGGAGGAGGAGUAGAGGACAAACAGUCUAAAGAUCAGGUGGCAAAUAAGCGGUACCUUCAGUGUCCUGCAGCCAUGACAGUGAUGCAUCUGAGGAAGUUCCUGCGCAGCAAAAUGGACAUCCCAAAUACCUAUCAGGUUGAAGUCAUGUAUGAAGACGAGCCUCUAAAAGAUUACUACACAUUAAUGGAUAUAGCAUAUAUCUACACAUGGAGACGGAACGGACCCCUGCCCCUAAAGUACCGGGUCCGACCCAACUGUAAAAAGAUGAAGGUGAGUCACGCGCAGCAGGAGGGCCAGAACAACGCCAGCAGAUCCGGACCCGAGAGCGACUCCGCCAGCGACAAAGCCGGGAGUCCCGCCGGGGCCCCGUCCACGUCCACGUCCUCGUCGCUGCCGAGCCCCGGAACACCGGCCCAGUCCCCGCACGCGCAGCUCCCGCACGGCCCCGUUAACGGAACACCGGCCGCCGCCAACCCCCCGCCCCCACCGCCGCCGCUCAACCCCCCCCGACCCUUCACCCAGUUCUCCGGGGGAAACGGCCCCAACACCGGCGGCGGCAAAGCGCGGAAGGUGACCCUGAACGGAUCCUCCACGACCUCCGGAUGACGAACCGGACCGGACCGGACCAGCCAACGCCAGACUCCCGCUCAGCUAAAAAUGUUUCCAUGCCAACGUAGUUCCAUUGUGUAGAGGACGUUCUCUCUCUCUCUCUCUCUCUCUCUCUCUCUCUCUCUCUCUCUCUCUCUCUCUCUCUCUCUCUCUCUCUCUCUCUCUCUCUCGCUCUCUCUCUCUCU